AUGAAUCUUCCGGGGGACUUGGAGGACCCGUGGAGAUCUGACCAAUCAGAGAAUUAUCCUCCGGGGCACAAUGAGUGGGCAAGCCUUGACACUGAGCCGUUGAUGUCAUCGAAUAUCCUACAGCGCGAGCCACUAAUAUCAGGAAUGGAGUCGGUUUCAUUGGAUACUGGUGGCCCAAGUGUGAAACUGGAUACCUCUAGCCUACUGUUAGGAAAGCAGGAAAGCCCCGUACAGAAUAGGUGGGGUGAUACGUUAGACGACAUAAACAACCAUGUGUCAGAUGGAUUGACCAGCGGCAAUAUGGUUAAUAAUGUAACAUUCGCCAACAAUGACGAUAGUGCAGCUAGUGACGCAUCCAAGGAGGACUACGAAGCAUGGGCGAGCUCUGUGAGGAGUGUCUAUAGGCCUAUGUCGGCUGAUAUUAUAUUAGUUGAAGAGCUGCCAGAGAGAGAGGGUCUAUUGUUCAAACACACGAACUAUUUGGUCAAGCAUUUAGUGGAGCUUCCGGAUACAGAACCCUCAAGUGACAGAACUGUGAUUAGGAGGUACUCCGAUUUUGUUUGGCUACAGGAAGUCCUUCUGAAAAAGUACCCAUUUCGGAUGAUUCCAGAUUUACCACCAAAAAAAAUAGGUCCACAUGGUACAGACCAAGCAUUCUUGCUCAAGAGGCAAAAUGGGCUGUCAAGAUUUAUAAACCUGGUCGUUAAACACCCAGUUCUCAGAAAAGAUGAUCUUCUUUUAACAUUCCUCACAGUCCCUACCGACCUUCUUGGAUGGAGAAAGAACGCUAGCUAUGACACGACAGACGAGUUCACUGAUAAAAAAAUUGGCUCUUCUUUCAUAAAAAUGUGGCAAAAAGAGAUGGCAGAGAGGUGGAAUGAGGUCGAUACGUCUCUGGAAGGCACCCUGGAUCUGUGGGCAAAGAUAACGAUACUGGUUGAGCGAUACGAAAAACGACUUAAAUUUAUAGGUCAAGAAAGAGCACUUUUAGCAUCGAUGCUUCUUGAGUUUACCAACAGCACUAGUAGCAUUUACGCUUCGAAUGCCAGUACGACCGUUGAAGAUAUAAACGAUCAUCUCGGAAUCGUUUCCAAACAUCUGAUAAGCUGUAAUAAGUUGAUAUCUGAUGAGAAUAAUGAAAUGAACCAAGAUUUGUCACCACGCUUCAAAACUUUCAUAGAUGUUCUUCUGGCUUUGAGAGGUCUAUUUGAAAGGUAUAAAAUGCUGGCUGGGAAUUCUGUUCCUCAGUUACAACGCCGCAUUGAGGUUAAUACUGAAAGAAUGGAGCAGAUGAAGGAUAAACCGGAUCUAAAGGGUGCUGAGUAUGAUAAAGUAAGGCACAUGAUUCACAAGGACAGGAGAAGUGUUGCCCAACAGAUGAACAGAAGCUGGCUCAUCCGAGAAUGUAUCUUGGAGGAAUAUAAUUACUUUCAAGAGACACAGUUUCUUAUUACAGAUACCUUCCAGCGCUGGGCAAAACUCAACAUGGACUAUACCGAAUUGAACUCAAAUCAGUGGGAGAAAUUGCUAGAGAGUAUUCAGUCAAUGCCAGUCUCGCGGUAG